GUAUUUCUCAGCACUAAACGGGGUACCUGGAUCCGGAGUCGUGUGUCGUGCGCGGGCUACCCGUCAGACAUGCUGAAUUCCUCAAGACUGUGGGAACGCGUUUUCGACAUCGUGCCAUCUUUGGGUGACUGGCUGAAACAACGGAAGAUGAAUAAAAGAAUCAAUCAUGAUCUAUACAGGCUUCGGCCAAAUUUCGGCCCCUCCAGCCAAUCGCCGCUGCUCAAUGAUGACCUGCCCAACAGGAUCAUCUGUGGGUCCAUCCAGAUCAAGACAGACAUCCAGCGGUUCACCAGCACAGGGGUGGAGUUUGUGGACGGGACAUUUGAGGACAACAUUGAUCUGGUCAUCCUAGCCACCGGCUACUCCUUGAGUUUUUCUUUCAUUGAGAAGAAGGUGAUUGAUGUGAACGACAACCAUGUGCAGCUGUACAAGUACAUGUACCCUCCGGAGCUCCAGCAUCAUACCCUGGCCAUCAUCGGUUGUAUCCAGCCGCAUGGAGCCAUUAUGCCGAUCUCGGAGCUACAGUGUAGACUGGCGACUCGGGUGUUGAAGGGUAACGUGGUGCUUCCUUCAAAGGAUGACAUGUGGAAAGACAUAAGAAGCAAGAAGAUUGCAAUAGCUAAGCGGUAUAUCAAGUCUCGUAGACACACAAUUCAAGUUAGCUAUAUCCAUUUUAUGGAUGAGCUAGCCCGGCUGGUUGGAUGUUCUGUGGAUUACU